AUGGCGGAUAGGACAAUCUGCAUGUGCUGCUGCUUCAGGAGGAGAUCGGAAAGCCGCCUGUCCCUCACCCCUGGGCACGUGGUGGUGAAGAAGAAGCUGAGAUUGUGCGAGGUGGUCGUUUCAUAUAGCCCUGUGAGACCAGAACAACUGGAGCUCAGCGUGGGAGAAGUCAUUGAGGUCCUCAGAGAGGUUGAAAGUGGCUGGUGGCUGGGGAGAAAGAACGGAAAGAUUGGAUGUUUCCCAUCCAAUUUUGUUGUGGAAGUUGACCGGGCGGAAGGUUCCAGCAGGAAAGAGCAAGAAGGGCCAAGUUCAGACCUCUAUGCAAACUUCCCACCGGAUUCGGAAAAGAUGCUGGUCAGUGGGACGGCUGGAGAAUCAAAGGAACCAGCUUUUGGAUCAGCACAUCCCCAAGAAAAUGAUGGAUGCGUUGAAGAAACUGGACAGAAGAUAGCCAAGGAAUACUACGAGGCCGUGUCUGACUAUCAUGCAGGGGCCGAGGAUGAACUCAGUCUGCACAAAGGAGAUGUUAUCCUUGUGUUAGAAAAGGACACAGGGGAAGAAGGCUGGUGGGAAGGAUAUGUGAAUGGAAACGAGGGGCUAUUUCCUGACAACUACGUGGUCCCUUAUGCAGGCACAAAAGCGGUGCAAAAGGAACCAUCACCAGGAGACACGACGGUUGCAGAAAUCUUGAAUCGCGCACAUACAACAUGGUGGAGUAAUGCCAUAUACAAUUCAGCCAAGGAGUACUACAAGGCAGCGUCUGAUUACGUUGCAACAACUGAAGAUGAACUGAGUCUACACAAAGGAGAUGUCAUCCUAGUGUUAGAGAAGGACACGGGAGAAACUGGCUGGUGGAAAGCAUGUGUGAACGGACGACAGGGACUUAUCCCAGACAAGCUCAUGGUCCCUUACGCAGGUACAGAAGAGGUGAAACAGGAGCUUCUGCCAGGAGAUGUGAUGGAUGCAGGUAUCUAUGAGAAGAAAGAGCCCAAGACUGGACGAUCAGAGUCUGCUGUCAAGCACAACCUGAUGCCUCCCAGAAAGGUUCCACCUCCUGUGAAAGUGAAGCCACAGUUAACAAGCCUGUCUAAAGUUGGUGGGGAACAGGCGCCGACUCCUCGGGAACUCAGCAAACCAGCCAGAGAAAGGAGCAUUGAUUCAGAAUCUCUGACGUUUGACGCAGUGGUACCAUCUGCAGAGACACUGAAGCACUUGACGGCAGAUAGACCCAGGGCCCAGGGGCGAAGACCACCCACUCACCUCAGAGCUGCAGCUGCUCAGAAUGCCGAGGGGUCAGUGUCACCACUAGUACCAGCUAAAGUCAAGCCUCCACCUGCCCAACUGUUUGAGCCGCCAUCAAUCCAAAGGCAUCAGUCUACUGCAGCGAGAGCAGGCCCAGUUCCGGCUAGCGCAUCAAACAAAACACAGAGACACGAAGAAAGGGGGGACAAGGUGGAUCCUGUAGCAGGCCUGCAAGAGGAACUGAAGAGUCUGAAAUUAUCCUUCAACCUGCUGAAGAAUCAGCAUUCGAGAGAUGUAAUUGACUUAAAAGAAGAGAUUGCCAAGGAGCGACUCAAAUGGCAUACACUGCAGGUGGAGGUUGAAAAUCUGAAAAAAUUGAUGACAUUGCUGCCAGAGCACUAACCUCGAUCAGACCUUCCCUCCCUCUCCUCUGCUGGAUACAGGGCACAUGUCCAGCACCGGAGAAGCCAAUACCAGACUCUUUCCUGUGAUACAGCACUGCGAGUCUCACAACCCUGAACCUGGCUCCUGCUGUUACAGGAUCUUUACAGGCUUUUCUUGUGUGCCCUCUGCCGAAUCCCAUGGGCAUCAAGAAUCUUCAGGAAUCCUGAGAUGUGAAGCUCCACACAAAUCUGAAAGUAGGACUUGAAAAGACUCAAUAUUUGUGACAACUUUCAAUACACCCAAUAGCUGUCAAUAAAAUAAUUUCUGAAGUGUGGUUGUUGUUGUACUGUGAAUCCAAUAUGUCAAUUGGGUAAAAGGCACUGCCUGGACUUCUAUCCGUAGUCUCUGCCUUCACAUCCAGUCGAGUGUAUGGAACUCUUUCAGUACCUGACGUUCUAAGGAUCCAAGUCACAAACACUGCAAUGAAUGAAAUUGGAUUGCAUUUUGGGUGAUGAGGCAGUGAAAAUGGUGCAGCGUCUGGUUAAGGCUGGGAAAAGCCUGGGAUGAAUUGUUCCAGGUGCACCCAAGGCAAAUGCAGAUACCCAGUGUGUUCCUGGCUUCUUGGCGCGAGAAAACAGCAAACGAAAUGGUGG